AAUGGCACUGAGACAUUGAUAAUUGAUAGAAUAAUCUGUUUCACUAUCUUCACUAAAUCUAAUACCUCACAAAUCAAAGUUCCUCAUGGCACUGCACACAAUGACACUGUGAAGAUAUUAAAAGUAUAAACUUUGCAGCAGAAUCUCCAGUCAUAUCACUCAUGACCUACAAAACGUACACAAACUAACACAUACAGUACACAUACAGUGUACCAUAUACAGAAAUAAGGUGGUUAAUGCUGUUGGUUUAGGUUUCUGCCACAGGAAAUAAGCCUGUUUACAGAGAAAACACUUCACCCUGCAGAGUUUCAGGAAGCAGCACUCUUCCAAAACUGCUCACAGCCUCGUCGUCUCUUUCUUCCACUUUCUGUCUUUAGCAUAAUAACGGCUGCAAAAAUGGAUCGAGUGAGGUCUGUGUUUAACAACAUGAUUAAAAGUGAGCGGUACAGCAGGUUCAGCCUGCAGCCGGCUCAGGACGGAGAAAGACAUGUUGAGGUCACUCUGUCGGACGAUGCCACAGAUGACGGCACGGAAGUCGAGGGCCAGGCAGGAGGCUCACCGAGCUUCAGGCCAGCAGCUCUGCGUUCAAAUCGACGUAAUAUUUGCUACCUGGCCCUGGGAACCCUGCUGAUAUUUGUUAUUGGCUACCUGCUUGGUUACAUCAGCCACCGUAAGCCUCGAGCGGAGCCGCUGAACGCAGAGAUGGAGGCGACGGGGACGACUCCAGAUGAUUUUACACCAGCUCCAGAAUUUCAGCUGAACUGGAAUGACAUCACCCAACUCCUCACGCAGAAACUCACCAGCCAGGCCUUUGAAAAAGCUCUGAGGGACUUUGAUCUGCCCAAACGUUCAGCAGGAAGUGCAGAAGAUAGGAAUAUGGCAAAUCGCAUCUUUGAUGGAUUCAAGAAGCUGGAAAUGGAUCCUUGGACUAACAUCCACUACGUUCAGCUGCAGAUACCUGACAGCACUCGCCCAAACCGCGUCCUGUUUGGGUCAAAUGUCUUUGAGCCUGUCGGGUAUCUGGCCUACAGUGCUCCUGGGAAAGUUCAGGGCAAGCUGGUAUAUGGCAACUACGGUCGCCAGCAAGAUCUGAAUGUUCUGCAGAAGAUGAACAUUGAGCUGAAAGACAGUGUGCUGCUGCUUCGAAGUGGAAAGAUCAGUUUUGCACAGCAGGUGGAUAAUGCUGCAAGAAAGGGGGCCUCUGCUGUUCUGAUCUACCCUGACAUUCAAGAUUACAAGUAUCAAGCAGACACAGCGCUGUAUGGACAUGUCCAUCUGGGUUCAGGUGACCCUUACACACCUGGGUUCCCCUCUUUCAACCACACCCAGUUCGCCCCAACUCAGUCGUCUGGCCUCCCCAAGAUCCCAGCCCAGACUAUCACUGCCAACAUGGCUUCUACUCUGCUACAGAACAUUGGAGGUCCUGAAUCAGAUGCAAGUAGUGGCUUUAAAGGUGGAUUCAAGUCCGUGGCCUACAGACUGGGAGGCAGCGAGAACAUCACUGUUGAGGUGAACAAUGUGCUGGUCAACACAGAGAUCCACAAUAUGUUUGGAGUCAUCAAAGGAUUCACUGAUCCUGACCGCUAUGUUGUACUGGGAGCUCAGAGAGAUGCCUGGGGUAAAGGUUAUGCCAGAGCUGCUGUUGGCACCUGCAUACUGAUGGAGCUGGCCAAGGCUGUUCGCGAGAUGGUGGAGAAAGACGGAUUCAGGCCAAGGAGAAGCCUGGUGUUUGCAAGCUGGACUGCUGGAGAGUAUGGAAAUGUUGGUGCCACCGAGUGGUUGGAGGGUUAUAUGUCCUCUAUUGACAGAAACGUUUUCACCUACAUAAGCCUGGAUGGGGUGGUUAUGGGUCGAGGUGGCUUCAUGGCCUCAGCUAGUCCGCUGCUCUACAGCCUUAUUGAGAGCACAAUGAAAAAGGUGAAGAGUCCUCUUGGUUCUGGAACUGUGUACGACAUGAUGGGAAAAGAAAACUGGGAGGCCAAUGUACUGAAACCAAUGUCAAUGGACGACCCCGCCUAUUCCUUCCUGGCGUCUUCUGGAAUUCCCUCCAUCUCUUUCCACUUCAUCUCCCCCAAUAUUGAGUCCUACGCUUACUAUGGCACCAACCUGGACAACAUGGAUCACCUCAAUUACCAAACCAACCAUCGCACCGGUGAAAUAACGGCAGCGGCAGCGCAGUUUGCCGGCCAGAUGGCCGUUCGACUGGUCCACGACCACCGGCUCAGUCUGGACGUGAGUCGAUACAGCAACAUCCUCGCUGUGGCUGUGCGCCAGGUCUACACACGCAUCACCCAGCUCUUACAGUCUGGUCAGCUUAAGGGUGUGAGUCCCGCAUGGCUGAGUCGUGCACGAGGCUCCUUCCAACGAGCUGCUGAAGGCAUCAGUAGAGACACAGUGUUCACUGACUUAAAUGACAAGGAGGCCUGUCGGAUCCUCAAUGACAGGAUCAUGAGGGUUGAGCACUCCCUCCUGUCUCCAUACGUGUCCCCCACUGAGACUCCCUUCCGUCACCUCCUGCUGGGCCGGGGCCCCCACACUUUGGCAUCCAUCGCGGAGACCACCAACAUGGAUCAGCUCCGUAUCCAACUGGCCCUGGCCACCUGGAACCUGCAGGGGUGUGCUAACGCCAUGGUGGGAGACAUCUGGGACAUCGACUAGAAAAUCUAACCAGGGAGUGCUGAGAUGUGAGCAUGGGUGUGGCGUGGGGGUGUGUGUGUGUCUUUGUGUGUGUUUUUGUGUGUGUGGGGGGGUUGAAGUAAAAUUUGAGGUGAAUCGUAGAGCAGAGGGAGGAGCUCCAAUAUCAGCACUUAGGCAUAAGCUGUCAAUCAGAGGUCCAAUCCUUUAGAUAGAUUUUUUUUGUGGGGAAUAGACUCUCUGUCCCACAAAGGUCCAGAAGAAGAUAGAGAGGUAUUUGAAAGUAUCUUUUAAAAAAAAACAAACCGUGAAUUGGCACCAAACACCUGAAGAAAUUAAAUACUUCUGACAAAUUGCCUCUUCUUGGCUCCACUGUAACACAUCGCACCUGUCCAAGCUUAUGCUGUGACCUCUUGACACUGAGAAACCUUAUUUAUCCUUUAUUUUUUUUAUCAGUGGCAAUGCCCACUAUAAAGUUAUUGUUUGUCUUUUUAUACGACGUUAUCGGAAGCAGUGCCUUCCAUAAUUAUGACGGUUAUACUGUCUGAUCCUACGGCAGCAUCUGCUACACACAUGACUCCUCAACUGUUGCUGACAAAAUGGAGCCCCUGGUAAAAUUAGAUUUUCUUUUCUGGCCUUCACUUCUUUCUCACGUGUGGAGAUUGAUUACAGUCAGUGAGAGUAAUUUUUAUUGAAUCACAUCUUGGUGGCCUACAUCUGUGGCGCUUCACCCUGUCUGCACAAUAGUUAUUUUAAAAACCUUAAAAGGGAGAAGUUAAGGGCAGAAAAUAGGUUUUCCUGAUUUGGCAUCAGGUCCUAUUUUGAUCUGUCUGUCAAAACCUAAACUUGAAGUAUAAAGAAAACUAAAACUGAUUGGAUAUAAAGAAAAUUUUAUGUAUAUACCACAGGCCCAGAGAUAAAUUAAGGGUUUAACUUGGUUUAUUCUAUGCUUGAUGGCAGGAUGAAUGCAAAAUUAAAAAAAAAAAAAAAAAAAAGAAUAAGAGACUAACAGUAAUGUAAUCAAACCCCUUUGUACUGAAAUGAACUACUGAGCUGAUUGGUCACACAAUUUGCAGGAAAGCCAUUUAUGUUGCACAGUCUACUUUGGAGCACUUAAUAAUGUGAUACAGUUAUCGGGAGCAGUGUCUUCCAUAAUUAAAACCCAUUAUCGGAAGCAGGGUCUUCCAUAAUGACAAGCAGUUAUGGUAGUUUUUGCCUACCAGUGUGUGAUUGUGUGUGUCUUUUACAGUGCAUGUGUAUUUAUCGAGAGCAGUGUCUCUCAUAUUUCACUUGAAGGGUGGAACAACUUUUCGGGGACAGUGUUUCCCAGAGUUUUAUACUUGACAUUUAUUUGCUUUGUCUUUAUUUUUGGAUUGUGUGUGUGUGUGUGCGCGUUUAAUGUGUGCAAAGGGGUGUGUGUGUGUGUGCUGCUGUUUCCUUCUGUUUUGCUUGUGUUUAAAUUUCUGAGCCAUACUAUAGUCUUAACACAAGAGAGAUCAGAUAAGCCCCAUUCCGACGGGAUUAACAUUACAGAAAUGUUCACCAUGCUCCUCGGUCAUGGUUCUUGGUGGCAUUUUACCCAUCUGCAAAUUACAGUGUAUGAUCUGUAAUAGAUCCAUUACAUUUAGCAGGAGAAAGCUAAAGGAAAAAGCCAAAAGCCUCCACAUGGGGGCAUGGAAGAGCUGAAAGGGAGGCAGAGAUACUGUGUGAGGUGAAUUUAACAAAAAUAAAUCAUACUUUUUUUUGGUAUUAAGUUGUUUCCAUUCACCAGAUCACCAAACACAUUUUCGAUUUGCUCCGUGUUCUGACAAAAGUCAAAAUUUCAUGUUGCUGUGGACAGAGAGAACCAGAGAGUUCGCUAAGAAACAGUAGGUAAUUGCAACUGUAAUUGUUCCUGGAGUGGGAGUGAAAAAUUACGCCCAUCAUAAUCACCUCACCUCCCUUAAAGAAAUAAAUGCACUCUGAAUGGGGCUUUAGAUCAAGCAGCUCAAUACACAAACACAGGAGACCAUUUACAUGCACCACAUACAUUAUAGUUAGCAGCAAUCUGGUCUGUCAACCUAGUUAUCUGCAAACCUUGCUUGGAUUCCUUUGUGUUACUGACUUUAAAAUCACCACAGAUGCUAUACUACGCAUGAAUUCACUCCUAAGCCACAACUCUCUUUGCAUGUGUUUCAAUACCAUAUUUACACUUAAUCACGUUACUGUACUGCUUUACUGAGGUGUAGCGCAACAGAUUGAUACAAAACAAUAUUUAAUUUUACCAUUUUCUCCCUAUAUCGUAUUGUCAUUAAAGAGUACAGCAUCAAAUAUAAAAUUAAUAAACUGAUAUUCAAGAAAGGUAAAUAUUACUUCAGGUUUUAGUUAAAACUUGGUAGUAAACACGUCAAAGAAUGGUAUUUGUCGUCAAACCCAUUUGAAUCCUAAGAUGCUGUUUAUAACAUGAUCUAAGAUCUGCUUCAUUUAGUUUCAUCAUAGACUUCAAAACUAACAAAAUGUCUGUUCUGUUGGGCUUGUUACCGUCAUACUAUCCUACAUCUAUUACAGGAAUUGAGAGGAACAUUUCUGAAUCCUGAGGUGGAAAUUGAGUAGCUAGGAAAUGGAUUUCCCACGCUGUGUUGCUAAACAUGUAACUGCAGUGUAUCAAACCUGUUCAGUGUGAUUUCUGUACUUCAGAAGUUUCUGAAAUAGUGUUUCUGUGAUUUCCAUGUUCAGCAAAAAAUGGUAAUAAAUCCUCUGGCUUAGCAUCCA